CCUACCUCCCCGCGGUGCAGAGGGGGCUCACAGAGCUGAGGACGCGCGUGCACCGCUCAAGGUCCCUCACUCGCUCUCCGUACCCUCUCCUGCUGACAUCUGACGUGGGCGCCAAGGGAGCACUUUUCUGUGUCCCUUCCUUCCAUCAACCAGGACUCUGCAACCUAGCUAGCCAACUGCUACUGCGGCCACCGCCCGAGGGGACCUGCGGACAGGACGCCGGAGGGAGGAGGGGUGCGCAGGGCCCGGCGCAGAGCAUCCUCGCGGCAGCGCAGAGAGACCCGGGGCUCGCAGCCUCCAGGAGUCCCUGGCUGCCUCGCCAGGGGUACAGGACUGAAGUUCUUGGAGGAGGGAGUCCAACUCUUCAAGGUGAACUAUGACCACUUUACUCUUGGUCUUUGUGACUCUGAGAGUCGUCGCUGCAAGGCUCUCAGAAGAAGUUUCAGACCAUGACAACUCGCUGAGUGUGAGCAUCCCUCAACCAUCCCCACUGAAGGUCCUCCUAGGGACCUCUCUCACCAUCCCUUGCUAUUUCAUCGACCCCAUGCACCCUGUCACCACUGCCCCCUCCACUGCCCCCCUCACUCCGAGAAUCAAGUGGAGCCGUGUUUCCAAGGAGAAGGAGGUGGUACUGUUGGUGGCCACUGAAGGGCAGGUGCGAGUCAAUAGCCUCUACCAAGACAAGGUGUCACUGCCCAACUACCCAGCCAUCCCCAGUGAUGCCACCUUGGAAAUCCAGAACCUUCGUUCCAAUGACUCUGGGAUCUAUCGCUGUGAAGUGAUGCAUGGCAUUGAGGACAGCGAGGCCACCCUGGAGGUCAUAGUGAAAGGUAUCGUGUUCCACUACAGAGCCAUCUCCACACGCUACACCCUCGACUUUGACAGAGCACAGCGAGCCUGCCUGCAGAACAGUGCCAUCAUCGCCACACCUGAGCAGCUGCAGGCUGCCUACGAGGAUGGUUUCCACCAGUGUGACGCUGGCUGGCUGGCCGACCAGACAGUUAGGUACCCAAUCCACACUCCCCGGGAAGGUUGCUAUGGAGACAAGGAUGAGUUUCCUGGAGUGAGGACAUAUGGCAUCCGAGACACCAAUGAGACCUAUGAUGUGUACUGCUUUGCCGAGGAGAUGGAGGGAGAGGUAUUUUAUGCCACGUCCCCAGAGAAAUUCACCUUCCAAGAGGCGGCCAACGAGUGCCGGCGGCUGGGUGCAAGGCUGGCCACCACGGGCCAGCUCUACCUGGCUUGGCAGGGCGGGAUGGACAUGUGCAGUGCCGGCUGGCUGGCCGACCGCAGCGUGCGCUACCCCAUCUCCAAGGCCCGGCCCAACUGCGGUGGCAACCUCCUGGGCGUAAGGACCGUGUACCUACAUGCCAACCAGACAGGAUACCCAGACCCCUCCUCCCGCUACGACGCCAUCUGCUACACAGGUGAAGACUUUAUAGACAUCCCAGAAAACUUCUUCGGGGUUGGUGGUGAGGACAUCACCAUCCAGACAGUGACCUGGCCGGAUGUGGAGCUACCCCUGUCCCAGAAUGUCACAGAGGGAGAAGCCCGAGGCAACGUGAUCCUCACUGCAAAGCCUAUCUUUGAUAUGUCCCCCACCAUCCUGGAGCCAGAAGAGCCCCUCACAUUUGUCCCUGAUAUAGGAGCCACAACUUUCCCUGAGGCUGAGAACAGGACUGAAGAGGCCUCCAGGCCCUGGGGUCUUCCAGAGGAAGUCACACCAGGGCUGGGCUUUGCCACGGCUUUCACCAGUGAGGACCUGGUGGUACAAGUGACAAUUGCCCCCGGUGCAGCUGCAGUUCCUGGGCAGGCCCACUUGCCGGGGGGGGUUGUGUUCCACUACCGCCCAGGCUCCACUCGCUACGCUCUGACCUUUGAGGAGGCACAGCAGGCCUGCAUGCGCACUGGGGCGGUCAUGGCCACACCUGAGCAGCUCCAGGCUGCCUAUGAGGCAGGCUAUGAGCAGUGUGAUGCUGGCUGGCUGCAGGACCAGACUGUCAGAUACCCCAUUGUGAGCCCACGGACCCCAUGUGUGGGUGACAAGGACAGCAGCCCUGGGGUCAGGACCUAUGGUGUGCGCCCAUCAUCAGAAACCUAUGACGUCUACUGCUAUGUGGACAAGCUCGAGGGAGAAGUGUUCUUUGCCACAAGCCUGGAGCAGUUCACUUUUCAGGAAGCGCUGGCAUUCUGUGAAGCCCAAAAUGCUACCCUGGCCUCCACAGGCCAGCUCUAUGCAGCCUGGAGCCGUGGCCUGGACAAGUGCUAUGCUGGUUGGCUGGCUGAUGGCAGCCUCCGCUACCCCAUCGUUACUCCUCGGCCUGCCUGUGGGGGGGACAAGCCAGGUGUGAGAACUGUCUACCUCUACCCAAACCAGACUGGCCUACCAGACCCACUGUCCAGGCAUCAUGCCUUCUGCUUUCGAGGUGUGUCAGGGGUGCCCUCUUCAGAAGAAGGUGUUACGCCCACGCCAUCCUCUGAGGUAGAGGAUUGGAUCAUCGUCACUCGAGUGGGGCCUGGUGUGGCUGCUGUCCCUGAGGAGGAAGUGACAACUGCAGUUCCAGGUUUCACCACUGAACCAGGAAACCAGACAGAAUGGGAAUCAGCCUACACCCCAGUAGGCACAUCCCCACUGCCAGGGAUCCCUCCCACGUGGCCUCCCACUAUCCCAGCAGCAGAGGACCGCACUGAAGGCCCUUCAGCCACUGAAGAGUCCUCUGCCUCAGAAGUGCCUUCCACCUCAGAGGAGCCAUAUACAUCUUCACUUGCAGUGCCAGGCAGGACAGAGCAACCAGGCUCUGGGGAGGCAUCUGGGGCACCUGACCUCAGUGGUGACUUCACAAGCAGUGGAGAAGCUUCAGGACACCUUGAUUCCAGUGGGCAGCCAUCAGGGGUCAGUGCAAGUGGACUGCCCUCUGGUGACCUUGACUCCAGUGGUCUCAGCCCCACAGUAGGCUCAGGCCUGCCUGAGGGAAGUGGACUGACCUCAGGGGAUGGAGAAGGAAUUGAGUGGUCCCACACUCCCACAGUUGGCAGGCUGCCCUCUGGAGGUGAGGGCCUGGAGGGAUCUGCCUCUGGAGCAGGAGACCUCAGCAGGCUGCCUUCUGGAAGGGAAAGUAUAGAAACUUCUGCCUCUGGAGUAGAGGAUAUCAGUGGGCUUCCCUCUGGAGUAGAGGACAUCAGUGUGCUUCCUACUGGAGGAGAAGGUCUAGAAACUUCUGCCUCUGGAGUAGAGGACAUCAGUGUGCUUCCUACCGGAGGAGAAGGUCUAGAAACUUCUGCCUCUGGAGCAGAGGACAUCAGUGUGCUUCCUACCAGAGGAGGUCUAGAAACUUCUGCCUCUGGAGUAGAGGACAUCAGUGUGCUUCCUACUGGAGGAGAAGGUCUCGAAACUUCUGCCUCUGGAGUAGAGGAACUGAGUGGACUUCCUUCAGGAGAAGGUCUAGAAACUUCUGCCUCUGGAGUAGAGGAACAGAGUGGACUUCCUUCAGGAGGAGAAGGUCUAGAAACUUCUGCCUCUGGAGUAGAGGAACUGAGUGGACUUCCUUCAGGAGGAGAAGGUCUAGAAACUUCUGCCACUGGUAGAGUGGACAUCAGUGUGUUUCCUACUGGAGAAGAACAUCUAGAAAUAUCUGCCUCUGGAGUAGGGGAACUGAGUGGACUUCUUCCUUCAGGAGAAGGUUUAGAAACAUCUGCUUCUGGAAUAGAGGAUGUCAAUCAGCUUCCUACUGAAAGAGGAGAUCUAGAGACUUCUGCUUCUGGAGUAGAGGAUGUUAGUGGACUUCCUUCUGGAAGAGAAGGUCUAGAAGGUCUAGAGACUUCUGCCUCUGGAGUAGGUGACCUCAGUGGACUUCCUUCUGGAGGUGAAGGUCUAGAGACUUCUGCCUCUGGAAUAGAGGUCAUCAGUGUGCUUCCUACUGGAAGAGAAGAUCUGGAAACUUCUGCCUCUGGAAUAGAGGACAUAAGUGUGCUUCCUACUGAAGGAGAAGGUCUAGAAACUUCUGCUUCUGGAGUAGAAGAUGUCAGUGGGAUUCUUUCAGGAGGAGAAGGUCUAGAGACCUCUGCUUCUGGAGUAGAGGGUGGCAGUGGGCUUCCUUCUGGAGAAGGUCUAGAGACUUCUACCUCUGGAGUAAAGAACAUCAGCCAAACUUCUACUGAAAGAGAAGGCCUAGAAACUUCUGCCUCUGGAGUAGAAGAUGUCAGUGGGCUUCCUUCUGGAAGUGAAGAUCUAGAGAGUCCUAUUUCUGGGGUAGGUGAUGACCUCAGUGGACUUCCUUCUGGAAGAGAGGGCCUAGAGACCUCAGCUUCUGGAGCUGAGGACCUUGGUGGGUUGCCUUCUGGAAAAGAAGACGUGGUGGGGUCUGCUUCUGGAGCCCUGGACUUUGGUGGGCCGCUUUCUGGAACUGUAGGGAGUGGGCAAACUCCAGAAACAAGUGGCCUUCCCUCUGGAUUUAGUGGUGAAUAUUCCGGCCUGCCUGACUUUAGUGGGUUUUCAUCUGGGUUCCCAACUGUCUCUCUAGUGGAUAGUACAUUAGUGGAAGUGGUCACAGCCACUACUGCUAGUGAACUGGAAGGGAGGGGAACCAUUGGCAUCAGUAGUUCAGGAGACAUAUCAGGGAUGCCCUUCGGUGAGUUGGACAGUAGUGGGGACAUCAGUGGUCUCCCUUCAGGAACUGAAUUCAGUGGCCAAGCUUCUGGGUCUCCUGAUAUCAGUGGAGAAAUAUCUGAAUUCUUUGGUGUUAGUGGACAGCCAUCUGGGUCUCCUGACAUCAGUGGAAAAACAUCAGGGAUUCCUGAAGUUAGUGGGCAGCCAUCGGGAUUUCCUGACACCAGUGGGAUAACAUCUGGUGUGACUGAGCUUAGUGGACUGUCCUCUGGACAAUCAGAUGUCAGUGGAGAAGCAUCUGGAGUUCUUUUGGGCAGUGGCCAGUCCUUUAGCAUAACUGACCUGAGUGGAGAAACAUCCGGGGUUCCUGAUCUCAGUGGGCAGCCCUCAGGGUUGUCAGUGUUCAGUGGAACCACACCUGGAACUCCAGACCUGGCUUCUGGCACCAUGAGUGGCAGUGGGGACUCUUCUGGCAUCACAUUUGUGGACACUGGUUUGGUUGAAGUGACCCCUACCAUAUUUAAAGAGGAAGAAGGUUUAGGGUCUGUGGAACUCAGCGGCCUCCCUUCAGGGGAGACAGAUGUGUCUGGCACAUCUGGGUUGGUGGAUGGCAGUGGGCAGUCUUCUGGAACAAUCGAUUCUGGUGAGUUUAUGUCCCCAGCUCCAGAAUUCAGUGGCCUCCCAAGUGGAGUAGCUGAAGUCAGUGGAGAAUUCUCUGGAGUUGAGACUGGGAGUAGCUUGCCCUCAGGAGUUUAUGAUGGCAGUGGACUUGCCUCAGGUUUCCCCACUGUGUCUCUCAUAGACAGAACUUUGGUGGAAUCUAUAACCCAAGGUCCAACAGCUCAAGAAGCUGAAGAGGGGCCUUCGGGAAUUCUGGAACUCAGUGGUGCCCAUUCUGGAGCACCAGAUGUAUCUGGAGACCAUUCUGGAUCUUUACACCUAAGCACUCUGCAAUCUGGACUGAUGGAAUCCAGCACAGAGUUAUCAAGUACUCCAUAUUUUAGCGGGGAUUUUCCCAGCACCUCUGAUAUAAGUGGAGAAUCUUCAGCUGCCACAAGUGCCAGUGGAGAGACCUUGGGGCUUUCAGAAGUCACUUUAAUCACAUCAGAGUUAGUGGAGGGUGUGACUGAACCAACUGUUUCCCAGGAACUCGGCCAAGGACCCCCUGUCACACGUACCCCCCAGCUCCUUGAGGCAAGUGGGGAAGCCUCAGCAUCUGGGGACCUUGAUGAAGCUGUGACAGCCUUCCCUGGGUCUGAGGUAGAAGCAUCGUCAGUCCUAGAAGCCAGCAGUGAACCAUCUGUCUACCUGGAGGGUGGGGUGUCUGCCACCCCUGAGGCUAGUGGUGAGUUGUCUGGCUCCCCAGAUCUGCAUAAGACCACCUCUGCCUUCCACAAAGUAGAUCUGGAGACAUCCUCAGGCCUGGGGGUGAGCAGCACCUCGUGGAACUUUCAGGAAGGCUCCAGGGAGGGGUCGGCUACCUUAGAAGUGAGUGGAGAGUCCACCACCACCUCCAGUAUAGACACAGAGACAUCAAGAGUGCUUUCCACCACCCCCACAGCAUCUGGAGACAGGACUGAAAUCAGCGGAGACCUGUCAGGUCACAUCUCAGAGCUGGAUGUUGUCAUCAGCACCAGCCUCCCAGAGUCAGAGUGGGCCCAGCAGACCCAGCGCCCAGCAGAGACACAUCAAGAAGUCGAAUCUUCCUCGAGCCCCUCACCCUCAGGAGAAGAGACUCAAACAGCAGAAACAGCCAUGUCCCUGACAGAUGCCUCUAGGCCAACUUUUCCAGAAGGGUCAGGUGAAACAGUGUCAACCAUUACAGACAUUGAUGAGUGCCUCUCAAGCCCUUGUCUGAAUGGAGCCACCUGCGUGGAUGCCAUCGACACUUUCACAUGCUUAUGCCUUCCCAGCUACGGAGGGGACCUGUGUGAGAUCGACCAGGAGUUAUGCGAAGAGGGCUGGACCAAGUUCCAGGGCCACUGUUACCGCCACUUCCCUGACCGUGAGACCUGGGUGGAUGCUGAGAGACGGUGUCGAGAGCAGCAGUCACACCUGAGCAGCAUCAUCACUCUUGAGGAACAGGAGUUUGUCAACAAAAAUGCUCAAGAUUACCAGUGGAUUGGCCUGAAUGACAGGACUAUCGAAGGAGACUUCCGCUGGUCUGAUGGACACUCCCUGCAAUUUGAGAAGUGGCGUCCCAACCAGCCUGACAACUUCUUUGCCACUGGAGAAGACUGUGUGGUGAUGAUCUGGCAUGAGAAGGGCGAGUGGAAUGAUGUCCCCUGCAAUUACCAAUUGCCCUUCACAUGUAAAAAGGGCACCGUGGCCUGUGGAGACCCCCCAGUGGUGAAGCAUGCCAGGACCCUUGGGCAGAAGAAGGACCGAUAUGAAAUCAGUUCCCUGGUACGGUACCAGUGCACAGAGGGCUUUGUCCAGCGCCACGUGCCCACCAUCCGGUGCCAGCCCAGUGGGCACUGGGAGGAACCUCGGAUCACCUGCACAGACCCCUCCACCUACAAGCGCAGGUUACAGAAGCGGAGCUUGAGACCCAUGAGGAGCCGCCCCAGCAUGGUCCACUGAGCACAGCUUCUAGGACUUGCCCAGGAUGCUGAGCCCAGCCAUCAGCCAGGCUGACCAUGCAUCCCACCCAGAUGGUGUCUUGUUGCUUUUUGUCAUAUAAGGAAUCCCAUUAAAGAAGGAAAAAACAAAAACAAAUCCCACAUUGUGUGUACCCCUGCCCUCACCCCCCCACAUUUCCCAAAUGCCAAAUUUGUCCCCCCAAAUGCCAAAGCAAAUUUACUGUAACCCAUGGACUGAGUUUAGACAUUUCUUCAAUGGACUGAGAGUUAGAGACAUUUCUUCAAUCUCCCAUCGUGCCUUUCCAGGGACCAGCACAGAGACAGGGUAAGAAGGGAGGGAUUAAGUUAAUAAAGAAGAUUAUUUUUUGUUUCCUGACUUUACCCAAGAGCAGUGCAAUGGUUGGUUAUUUCACCUCCAGGGAGAGCUAGGGAGGCGGGAGGAGGGGUCAGGAGGAGCCAGGGGGCCAUGGCCUCAGAGUAUGAAGGACUCAGAGGGGACUGCUGCUUAACGUACUGGACAAAAGGAACCAAGGGCUGAGCCAUCUUUGAGGGGAAGAGCCUGGGGCAGGGAGCAGGCUGGCUGAGGGAAGUGAGGUUGCCUCCCCUCCAGGGCCCCUCUUCCAGUGACCUCUCAUCUGGGUCUACCACCCUAGCAGGUGUCAUUUCUCGGCUGGGCUGGGUAGGGGCACUUCCUUUCCAGGGGGUGCUCCUCCAUCUUCUCCCCUCUCCCCACCCCCGGGACGGUGCAGGCACCAGUGUUCCGUGCACCUAUUUAUAUUUUUGAAAACUAAAGAUUAUGAUAAUUAUAAUAAUAAAGACAUUGGAAGAGAUCUAUUUUCUUUCCUUUUUUAAUUUAAGCAAGAGGUGACCAUGAUCUGGGACCUCCUGAUGGAGCACUUAGGUGGUAGCACUGAAACCAAGUGUUGAGCAAAUGACUCCCAACUGGUAUGAGUCCUGUGUCCAGAGUCUGAGCCAGUUGCAUCUGUUUGCUUUAUUUGUACUAGACUGAUGAUGUGUUUGAUGGACUCUCUGUACCGUGUUAUGAACAUGAAAUAUAUGUGAGCACCGGUCAUCUAUUUGUGUGUGCAUGCCUGGGUGUGCCUGUCCACGUAUGUCCUUCGGUGGUUCUGAGUACCGAUUUGCAAGCGGACACACUAACAGGGCAUGGUGGUAUACUCAGGAGGCUGAAGCAGGAGGAUUGAAAGUUCAAGGCCAGCUGGGCUACAUAGUAAGAUUCUGUCUCAAAAGAGCAACAAUAACAAAAGGAUGACUCAGGAGAGACAUCUGUGCCCAGUCUGGUGGCAUAGGCCUGUAUCCUCAGCUACUUGGGAGGCUGAGACAGAAGGAUCACAAAUUCAAGGUCAGACUGGAAAUUUAGUAAGACUCAGUCUCAAUGAGUAAGAGUUGGGUACACGGCUCAGUGGUAGAGUGCUUAAUUACCACAUGCAAUGUCCUAGCCAAUCUCCACUACCAAAAGGGAGGAAAUAUCCCUUAGACGGUUGGGAUAACAGAGUGCUGCUGAGUUUACUCCCAGUUUCGGACUCAAUAAAUCUGCAGCAAGGCCCAGGAAUUUGCAUUUUGAAUAAAUUCCCAGGGCCUGAGCUGCUGGCCAGGUGUAAUGGUACACACCUGUAGUACCAGCAUUCAGGAGGCAGGAGGAUCAGGAGUUCAAGGUCAUCCUCAGCUAUACAGCAAGGUCAAGACCACCUGGGGCUACAUGAGACCCUGUCUCAA